UACAAAAAAAAAAAAAAAAGAAAAAAGAAAAAAAGAAAAAGAAAAGAAAAAAGCCCCCAUCUUGCACGGAUUCUUGGGUCAAGCUAUUCAUUCCUUCUCCGUCCUACGCCUAAACUCCAUGGCUAUCUCAUCUAUUCCUUAAUCCUAAAUCCCCCACCCAUUUUCUUCGUCAAUAGAAAAAUAAUUACCUCACUGCCGUUCCAUCCCAUCUCUCAACCCGCAUCUGAUCCAUACCUCCCGCUCGCUCUUAUAUAACGCGUGCUUUCGCCACAAAAAAGAAGCUUGCUCGUGAUGGCAGGAGGGCCGCCCUACACAGUUCACUCUCCUACCCAGCAACCUCGCUACGCAAACUACUCUCCCUCUUCUUCGAGAGACAGGUCCUCCUAUCCCAACAAUGACCCCUACCAACCCCCUCCUCAUACACCCCCCGCGUACCCCCCAUCCUCCAUGGCCCGGAGCCCGCACUUUGCCCACCCCCCUUCUCCAAGGAUGAAUACCACUCUCCCGCCCUUAAACGGGUCUGUGUCCCAUCCCGACACCUCCCCGUCAUAUCACGCCCACUCUACAUCCGCGACCCCUCAGUUCCCCCUACAUCGUCCGUACGGGAACUCCCACAUGGCCUCGUCGGCCCACUCUCCGCCUCCAAGCCUCUAUAGCCAACAGGCUUCCUCCUCCUCCUCCCACCCUCACCCUCACCCGCAUGGGGGCACGGAAUCAAUGACGCGAUCGCCAAAGCGUGAACACGAGCCUAUUCAUGAUAUGAGGCCGAAUAACAUGGGAUAUUCGUCCCAGUCGCCUAUGAUGCGGGAUACUAGGCCCGCUUCCCCGAAGGAAUCCAAACCAGCUAGGACGGACCCCAUGUCAUUUGCAAGCAUCCUUUCAGGUCCAACUGAGGAACGGCCCCCGCGGAAGAGUACUCCCCCACCCCAGGUCAGCAAGGUGAAUGAACGCCCAGCAGUCGCCCCAGCCCCCAAAGUCGAAAAGCCCAAGCAGUCCGGUUCGGAAAGACGGCGACACCCGGUUCACUUGGAACCUUCCUACAACGAUAUUUCAACCCGCCCAUCCACCAACGGCGUAUCCGCAACAAAAUCCGCCGCCCCCACAAAUUCAAGGUCGAAGAAGUCCAUAGCUGAGCGCGAGAGCGAUAAGAUCGCUAAAGCGAUAGACCGGAUCGAUUCCAUGGACAAGAGUGAGCUGGACGCUCCCGGAUUUGAACAUGAGUGGGCGCGUUACAUCCGCAAAGGAAAGAAACGUGCUCGUGAAGUGGAGGCCGUCGAAGCACGGAAACGUAGGCGACGUCAAACCGAAUUCCUGGAGACCCUAGCCAAAGUUUUCGAGAAACAAGUACUAAAUGGGGCUGAACGGUUUAACCGCCAUCAUGAGGCCGCUGUUCAAUCCGAAGUGCAACAGAAAGAGCUCCAGGAUGAAAAGGAGCGGAAGAAGGACAUGCAAAGAAAACGGCGUCGCGAGAACACUGUCCGCCUUGAGAUGCAGAAGAUGGACGAAGCUCGCCAGAAAGCCAACAAAGCGGAAGAUGCUGCGGAGAAAGAGCGCCUAAUGCGCGAGGUUGAAAAAUCUCGCAAGAAAAUCAAGAGUACGAAACGUGCCUUGGAGCGAGGCAACGAACCUGAGGAAAUCAGUGAAGUGACCCCGAUGGCUCCAAACCUCGAAGGCGGCACGACGAGCACUUUCCAUGUCGCUUCGAAAUCCCCCCCGCCAAAGAGGAAACCUGGAAAGUCCGGAUCUUCCGCUCGGCUGAAAAAAUCGAAGGAAAAGAAGCAAGCCGAAAAGGAUGCUGCUGAAGCUGCCUAUGCUGCCAUGGAGAAAGAUGACGAACUCGUUCCUCUUGCCCCCAAGGAGGAUCCGAAGAAGGAAGCGUUGAAGAAAGAAGGCAAAGGUGCCCGCUCCAAGGAAACGACUCCGGCACCGCCCACGACGCCAUUCGAGUCCAAAGCUUAUAACGGGCUAUAUGAGUCAAUCUGGAGAGAGAUUGCUCGAAAAGAUGUACCCAAAGUUUAUCGUAUCAAGGUUACUUCGUUGAGCACUCGCCAGGAGAAUCUCCGUAAGACGGCCCAGCUGGCUAGCAAACAGGCUCGCAAAUGGCAAGAACGUACCAACAAGAGUAUGAAGGACACUCAAGCUCGGGCGAAGAGAACUAUGCGGGAGAUGAUGUCAUUUUGGAAACGGAAUGAGCGUGAGGAGCGUGAUCUGCGUCGCAUGGCUGAGAGACAAGAGCUGGAACUGGCCAAGAAGGCAGAAGCUGAUCGCGAGGCUAUCCGCCAAAAACGAAAGCUGAACUUCUUGAUUUCCCAGACCGAGCUAUAUUCUCAUUUCAUAGGCCGAAAGAUCAAAACAAGUCAAGCGGAGCACACAGAUGACAUCGCUGGUGCCGAUGCUACUGCUGCUGCUAUAACCCCUAAAAUUGAUAUCCCUCUUCCUGGAAACGAUAUGAAUGCGGCACCAAAAGUCACCAGUUUCGAAGACCUCGAUUUCGAUGCAGAGGAUGAAACUGUAUUGCAACAAGCAGCGAUGGCUAAUGCUCAGAACGCCAUCCAACAGGCCCAAGACCGGGCUCGGGCUUUCAACAACGAAGAAAACAAGAUGGCUGCCUUCGAUGAAGGGGAAAUGAACUUCCAGAACCCUACAAGUCUUGGUGAUGUUGAAGUUUCCCAGCCCAAGAUGCUUACUGCCCAACUGAAGGAAUAUCAGUUAAAGGGUUUGAACUGGCUCUUCAAUCUCUACGAGCAGGGCAUCAACGGUAUUCUUGCAGAUGAGAUGGGUCUAGGUAAAACUGUGCAAUCCAUCUCAGUCAUGGCUUAUCUUGCCGAAGUACAUAAUAUCUGGGGCCCGUUCCUCGUUAUCGCUCCCGCCUCGACGCUUCAUAACUGGCAGCAGGAAAUUUCACGAUUCGUCCCCAACAUCAAAGUCCUACCGUAUUGGGGUUCCGCCAAGGAUCGAAAAGUUCUACGAAAAUUUUGGGAUCGCAAACAUAUUACAUACACAAAAGAGUCUGAGUUUCACGUUUUGGUAACAUCCUACCAGUUGGUUGUGCUGGAUGCGCAAUAUUUCCAAAAGGUGAAAUGGCAGUAUAUGAUUCUCGACGAAGCCCAGGCUAUCAAAUCUUCGCAGAGUUCGCGGUGGAAAAACCUUCUUGGUUUCCACUGCCGCAACCGGCUUCUGCUCACUGGUACUCCUAUACAGAAUAACAUGCAGGAAUUGUGGGCUUUGCUCCAUUUCAUUAUGCCGACACUUUUUGAUUCUCACGACGAGUUUAGCGAGUGGUUUUCCAAGGACAUUGAGAGCCAUGCCCAGAGUAAUACGAAAUUGAACGAGGAUCAGUUGAAGCGAUUGCACAUGAUUCUAAAGCCGUUUAUGCUCCGUCGUAUUAAGAAGCACGUCCAAAAGGAACUUGGCGAUAAGGUGGAAAAGGAUGUUUUCUGUGACCUUACUUACCGCCAACGCGCAUAUUACACUAACCUUCGGAAUCGUGUCAGCAUUAUGGACCUUAUCGAGAAGGCUGCUAUUGGAGAUGAUUCGGAUAGCACAACAUUGAUGAACUUGGUUAUGCAAUUCCGGAAGGUCUGUAACCACCCGGAUCUAUUUGAGCGGGCCGAGACCACUUCCCCAUUCUCUGCAGCCUAUUUCGCGGAAACUGCAUCUUUCCUACGAGAAGGACCGUUUGUCGAUGUUGCAUAUUCAACUCGAAACACUAUUGAAUAUGAUCUACCCCGCCUACUUUGUAGUUCACAUGGACGCCUCGAUGUUGCUGGACCAGGAAAUGACAGGGCUGGAUUCACUGGCAAAUACCUCUCUCACAUGAUCAAUAUCUGGACACCGGAAAAUAUCAGGGAAAGCUUGAAACAAGACCAGGCAUUUUCUUGGCUGCGAUUUGCUGACACUUCCGUUGGCGAGGCUUGUGAACUUUCCCGCAAGGGAGUGUUUGAGCGUGCAAUCAAACGUCGUGGAUAUUCAAACCGUCUUUCCCGCUUCAUGGUCGCUUAUGAUGAUGUGGAAGAUGACGCUUCCUCAGCGGUGCCGGCUCAUAGCCUGUUUAACAUCGUGGAGCGGAGUGAUCGUCGGGCGUUGGCGGAAAUUACUCGGGAAGGUCGUAUGAAUGAGUUGCUGAAUAUUUCCAGCAAUACAUUUGAGAAUGAAGGGUUGGAUCAAAUCGAGCCGUGUGGUAAGCCUGGAGCGUCAGCGCCGCCAAUCACCAUCUCGUGCUCUAACCAGUUCGCCAACUUCGAAAUCCGAGACACCUUGUUCAACAGUUCCGUGAAGCACGCCCUAUUUGGAACAACGACACGGGCCAUGGAUGCUGAGAUUCUGGAGAAGAAGCUGGAUCCAGCUCAAUUCAGGCUCACACCAAUGCUUCCCCAACCGUUAUCAGCUAAGGGGCGGUAUACCAAUAUCUCGGUGCCGUCAAUGAGGCGGUUUGUGACAGAUUCUGGUAAACUAGCUAAACUGGACGAACUCCUUCACGAACUCAAAGCUGGUGGCCACCGUGUCCUUCUCUACUUCCAAAUGACCCGCAUGAUAGACCUGAUGGAAGAAUACCUAACCUACCGCAACUACAAAUACUGCCGACUAGACGGCAGCACCAAGCUCGAAGACCGCCGCGACACAGUCCUGGACUUCCAACAACGGCCCGAAAUAUUCGUAUUCCUCCUCUCCACCCGCGCGGGCGGUCUGGGCAUCAACCUCACAGCCGCCGACACCGUCAUCUUCUACGACUCCGACUGGAACCCGACCAUCGACUCGCAGGCGAUGGACCGAGCCCACCGGCUCGGCCAAACCAAGCAAGUCACUGUCUACCGCCUCAUCACCCGCGGGACCAUCGAAGAGCGCAUCCGCAAGCGCGCGCUGCAGAAGGAAGAAGUGCAGCGUGUGGUCAUCUCUGGCGGCUCCGGUGCGGGUGUUGACUUUAACACGCGGAGCCGCGAGAAUCGCACGAAGGAUAUUGCCAUGUGGCUUGCGGAUGAUAACCAGGCGGAGAUGAUUGAACAGCUGGAGAAGGAGGCAAUGGAUAAAGCGGAGGAGAUGGGGACGACGGGGAAGAAGGGCGGUGGAAGAAAAGGUGCUGCUGCCGCUGCCGCUGGUGGGAAGAGGAAGAGGGAUGUCACAUUGGAUGAUAUGUAUCAUGAAGGUGAGGGACAUUUCGAAGACGCCAGCGCAAAACCAUCCGGUGCUGCUACGCCCGUGUCUGCGGGGGAUAAUAAUAAUAACACUACAUCAUUCACCGCCGGCUCUAAAUCUAGACGCGGCGGUCGUGGUGGUGGAAGUGGAGGUGCCGGCCGGUCGAAGAAAGCGAAGACAACCAAGGAGAGACUGCGGUUGAUUGAUGGGGAUGAUUGAUUGAUUUUUUUUAUUCUGUUGUGUACAACAACAAGGUACAGGAAAGGAAAGACAAAGUGGGUUGUUUUGUGUUUCUUUUUGGGUUUGUCUAUUUUCUCUCUAGGUAUUAUUUACUUGCUCACUUGUUUGAAUUUUUUUUUUCUUUUUUUUUUACACCUUUAUUUUUAAUAAUAAAGAUAUACGGGAAGAAAAACGGGGAAAAAGCAACAGCUCUGUCUCACGCUGUUCUAUUCUUUCAUUUGUUUCUUCUAUUCUAUUUACAUGUGUAUAUUACUCCAUAGGCUCUUUUUUUCUUUCUUUUUUCUUAUACUCUUCACAUCUGUUCUCUAUUUCUCAUUUCUUUGUUCUUGAGUGCUUCUCCCUCUUCUCCUUAAUCUUUUUCUUGUUUUUCACUUCUUGUUUAGCCUAUCUUGUAUACGUUUCACCCAUCUUAUCUUAUCUUUUGUGUUUGAUUAUUCAUUUAUCUAUUAACUUAACCUCUUCAUUUGUCAAGUAGAGUGAGGGGUUUUCUUAAGAGGUGGUGGUGUCUGUCGGUUGGUUGGUUGGUUGGUUGGUCUGAUUGGUUAUGAUAUGAUAUAACUAUGAUGAUAGUUACAGUACCGUACCUCUCUGAUUUAAAAGUUUGAAAACACCUGUUUUUUACAGUUCAACCUGACACUGUUGUAUUUUUUUUUUUUUCUCUUCUUUUCUUUCCAAAGUGAUAUCUGAUUAUAUAGUUAUAUUAGACUAGCUUUAUUUUUGAAAAUAAACAGCAUUUUGGUUCUUCGUGUGAAUGAAAAAGAAUAAUGAUUUGCUUCUUAACGCACAAUAAAACUAUAUUUAUUAUAUCUAAAAAUACCCG